AUGGAUCUAAUGGAGGAGGGAAACGUGAGCUGUGGAGUUAAAAACUGUAGCACGCCAGGCUUCUGGAGAAACUGCUCCAACCAAGACUGUCAGGAGGAGGAAACAAUUUCUGCAUGGAUCUUCCUUGUGUCUGCGACUGUGAUUGUGGUUUCACUGAUGCUCUUCGGCCUUUUUGGAAACACACUGACUCUUCUGGUUGUUUGGCUUCGCCCAAACAUGAGAAGCUCCGCCCACCUCUACCUGAGCAGCAUGGCUGUUAGUGACCUGCUUAUCCUCCUGCUGCUGCCUCUGGAUAUAUAUGAGAUCUUGACAGGCUGGAAGUUAGGAGUCUUCGUCUGUAAGCUGACCAUGUUCCUGUCACAGUGCUGCAUCUUCUGCACCAUUCUCCACAUCACCUUUCUCUCCCUGGAGAGGUACCUGCUUGUCGGCUGGCCAAUCACCUCCAAGACACUGGUGACACGUCACAGAACCAGGGCUCUGAUUGGCUGCCUCUGGCUGGGAGCGGCUGUCAGUGCAGUACCAGUGUCGGUCAUGAUGGAAGUGGAGGAUGUGAAGGUAGUGGAUCAUACGGGAAGAGAGGUUAAAUACACACAUUGCACCAUCUCAAAAUCCUUAUUCUCCUCUGGCAUCGGGUUGGCCAUGACAAUUCUCUACAACCUGUAUGUCCUGGUACCCCUGUGCAUCCUGGGACUGGUCUACAUCCUGAUUGGACUGACUCUGAGGCUCCGUCCACAAAGAAGCCGUAAAGACAACAGUGACCAACACGCAGUCAAGAUGCUGGGUGAGAAACACAAUCUAACACACACCCUUAGGUUCUGA